CGUACCUGUUUGCACACACCUGUCAGACAGAGAGAGGCUUUCCCUCAGUUCCCACAGGCCACUCUCCGUGGGACACACUCACACGCUCAGCUUGGCUGCGUGGACCUUUGCUCUGCUGGAUAUUAGUAGGUGGUGCGUAAGGAAAGCAGACGAUAAGCUUCUGGAGCAACCAUGUCAAAAGAGGGAGACAGAGCAUCUGUUUUUCGCACCACCAAAGUACGGACCAAGCUAAAGGGGGAUGGCAGCUGGAUGCAGCGCAAAGAAGAACCCCAGGCUGAAGCCCAGGAGGAGAAACCAUGGGUGGCAGCAGUCAGAGCCAGGCGCUUGAAUGGUGCCCCCAUAGAGACCAGUCCAGUUUCCUCGCCUACUAAAUCCACCCCAGAACCCACAAAGCUGGACAAUGAGAGCCGAGCGCCUACCUCAGGAUACCUGAUCAGAGGCAUUUUCACAAAACUAGAAAAGCCUGCUCCCACGCCUGCGUCUAAUGGCAUUAGCCCAACAACACAAAUCACCAAAAAGCCCUCAGAGACCUACAAGAGAAUAGCCCCCCACACUGUGAGGCCCACAUCAGAGCAACAGGAGGGUCAACUUAGCCCGGAGGAGCAGGAGAAACGGACAGAGGCAGCCAGAAAUGUCCUGAAGAGAAAUGCGGCCAAGCAGCGCUCUUACGUGCUUUCUGCUGCCAAGAAAUAUGAGGCAAAAGAAACAUCACCUGACACAUCGCUGAUCGACAGCAGUCCAUCAUUUGUGGCUAAAAGGGUGGAGAUUAGUGAUGAUGAUGAUGAUGAGAGCUCUGCCAGCACUGGGCCACCAUCCCCUGUUGUUCCUGUAACAUCUGCCACUCCUGCACCGGAGCCCAAACCCCGGAAAACAGCCGUCAACACAGUGAAGACACCUGCUGAUUUGCCUGUUAACGAGCCAGAGCCGGAGCAGCUCUUGAAGGUGACGGAUGAGCCUCCCAAUGUGACGGAUGGGCCUCCAAAGGUGGAGGCGGCCCGCCAAGAGCCUGUGAAAGAAGUCCCCCUUCCGCAGUCUGUUAUAGAGAAAGGCCAACUUGAAGACAUGAAAUCAGUCUCUACAGAGCAACAUAAUGAAGACUCGAGCAUUUCUGAGCAGGCUGAAACCUCACAGGCGAAACUUCUGCCACCAUCACAUCCUCCGCCCAGUCCAGAGUCUCCCGCGCCGGGUUCAGCCAUCCCAGAAUCACCUGUUCCAGCAUCCCGUCCAACAUCAUCUUCCGUCCCAGCGUCUCCUGCCCCUGUGACAUCUGCACCAGUAUCACUCAUCCCAGUGUCUGCUGUAACCGAGGCCACAGUGAAGCUUGAACCUGAAUCUGAACCUGAACCUGAACCUGAAUCUGAACCUGAAACACAAUCAAAAAUGUCUCAAGAAAUAAGCUCCAGUGUUGACACACUAUCUGCCUUGUCUGACACCCUCAUUUCUUUUGACACAAGCUCAUCAAGCUUUAACAAUGAUCAGCCAGAGCUGGCGAAGGAAGAAGGAGGCUCAGCGGACAGGCACGCCGCAGAGGACAGUGUUGAACAGGGGCCAGAUCCGCUCAGCAAUGGAGAACCCAUAACAGAUGAUCUCCUUGGCUUCAGUGACGGUCCGCAGGAGUCAGCAGAGCCCGUUCCCCCCAGCCCGGGACGCUGGAGUCAGGAUCUGCUAAGCGCUCUAGACAGUGAGUCAAACCAAGCCAAGACAGAUGAUCCUCAGGAGGUCCUGACCAAUGAUCCCACUGUUACCAACACAGACAUAAACAGCCAAGAGGACAAUGCAGAUCCCUGGAGCUUGCAUGCGACAACCACGGUGACAGAAACAAGCUCGACUGAUCCGUUUGAUCCAUAUCCGAUAGGGACCACAUCCCGUAACAGCUCCUCUGACCUGCUUCAGCCCCUCUCCGAUAUUUCCAUCAACAGCAUGAGCAGUAACGCACUGGAAUCUCUUGCAGACAAUGUCAUACCUAUCGACACAGACACCAAAAGCCUCAGCUCUCGGCGGUCCUGGACUCGGACAUGGGACGCAAGCCCACCAGAGCAGACUAACACAGAAGAGAGCCCAGACGCUGAGCCAGAAGCAGAGGGCCAAGCCGAAGAUCAGCAGACAGGCGGCAUGUUUGAGAGAAAAUCUACUGAGAAUGAGUCCCCGUGGAAAAGAUGGACAUCACCGCCUGUCUACCCAGUCACCGCCACAACAGAAGAAGAAGAGAACGAGAAGGAAGAUGAUGAAGAAAAGGAGGAGAGGGAGAUAGAGAGCGAGCCGGAGCCUGCUAUGGAUCGAUCUGUGACCCAUACCCCAACUGUGGUAGAGGAGGAGCAGCGUGUCCAAACCCCUGAGCCUGAACCCAAAAAGGGGUUUGUUUAUGUGAAGGAAUAUGUGAAUGCAACAGAGCUGUCCUUGCACAAUCCCAGAGAAACAGAUGGGGGGGCAGAUUAUUUGACCUCGAGCUCUGUCGGUUACUCAUACAGCCCUUCCAGUUACUCCAGAGCGCCGCAGUCCUCCACCUGCACGUAUUGUGGAGAACAGGUGGGCAACGAUGCCAAGAUCAGCAUUGAGCACCUCAAUAUCAACUGCCAUCCUGCCUGCUUCAAGUGCGACCUCUGCAGCAAGCCUAUGGGAGACCUUCUCUCCAGUAUGUUCCUACAUGGGGGGAAAGUCCAUUGCGAGAGCUGCUAUGCCAGUGUCUAAUAAUUAUCUGAGCUUAUCAUCAGUUUCCCGUCACAAUCUCUUUCCUUUACGUUCAUUUGCAUAUAAAGUGAGAAGUGGUCUUACAAACUGUGUGUAAUAUAAUUCAAGCUGAUCAUAUGAACUGCUGUCGUGCAAGUGAUUACUGAAUGUGGAUUCUAACGCCUUAAAUAUGCCGCUCAAGUCUCUUUUUUGUGUGGUGGUGAAAAACUGUUUCUGACUCAACUUGUGAUGAAGGACAUGUCUGAGAAGAAUGAUGUGCUGCGUACACGUCUACGUGCACUCACAUACUGGCAAGCGGGCGCAUUGGAAUUCAGCAGCAAGAAUAUGACUUUGUUACAAAAUGUUUACUUCUUUUAUUGUCCUUGGUAUAAAAUAGUGUGUUCACAUGUAUGAUGCUUUAUAGACAAAAUAAAAUGAUUUAUAAAAUC